AACCAUGGAUGCAGGCAUGGUGAAGAGAAUUGUAUUCCAGCUAGUGCCUGCACAGCAGAGGGGGGACCCCUUCUUUGUGCCUGCAUUCCUCCAGACCUAUCACAGGUUCGCCACCACCCACCAGGUCCUCGACCUGCUCUUCCAAAGGUACCACAACUUUCAAGAAGGAAGAAAGCAAGAUCAAAGCUGCAAGGAGGCCCUCUGCUCCCUCCUGGAAACCUGGCUGCAGCGUUAUCCUGGGCAUUUCUAUGAGGCCAAUGACCUGAGCUGCCUGAGGAAGCUGGCUACUUAUGCUUGGACCCAGAUGCCAUAUAGUGACCUGGAGUUCCAAGCCUUAGAGCUGCUCACGCAGCUCAUCAACGAAGAAGAAUACAAGGAGCUGGUGGCUGAGCUGGAGUCCAAGGCUGAGCCUGAGGCAGCUGCUCCCCAGCCAGAGCCGCAGGAACCGUCUCUGCCCCAGGCAGUCCAACCUCCUGCCAUCAAAGUGCUGCAGCCCCCCAAGGGUCCUACCACAGACCCAGACUGUGAACCCAACAAGGCACAGGAACAUCCAGGACACGUCCUUUGUGCACCCAACUGGUCGACGGCCAGCCAGCUGGGGAUCCUGGAGGCAGGCACGGUGCAGAAGCACAUGAACCUGCUGCUACCUGCACAGCAGGCAGGCGACAUCCUGCAGAGGUUCACGGGCACACAUCGCGUGCUUUGCCUGCUGUUCCCCAGGGCCCUCUGCUGCCUCGUGGGAACCUCAUUGGAUUGUUACCUGGUGCACAUCCACCAGCCCCAGCACCAGGCCAGCCAGAACCAGCAGCUCAUGAUGUACCGCCAACCUCGCAUGCCUCUGUCCUACCUGGCCCUGCGUGUCUACCUUCUUCUGAGCCAGCUACAGGACAAGAAGCCCAAGGAGGCAGAGCCUGAGCCUCAGGGUCUUACCAAUGAUUCUGUGCCAACUCCUGCAGCUGCUCUGCAGCCACAGGCCCCAAAACCUGCUCUGGAGCCCCCAGAAUGCCCAGGAGCCAAGACCCAGGCAGAACCUCCUCGCGGAAAGACCACACGCUGGCCCUGGAGCCGCCUGAGGCUGCGCCAGAGGAACCACAGCCAGGGCCGUCCACAACACCGACUCCCCGGCUGGGUGCGCACCCUGGGCACCUGCUUCUGCAUCCAGCCCUCUGGCCAGAGCCAGGGGUGAAAUCCCUGUGGCAGGAGUCGAUUGGACCCUGGCAGAGCCAGAGCUCCCCGGACCUUCCAGGUUCACCUAAGCCAGAGCCACCCCGAACCACAAUCCACCUGUUACUUUCCCUUUCCCCUCCGUUAUACCUCACAUUAAUAAAUACAUUGAGUUUA